AUGGAUUCCUCCAGGAUGGAAGCUUCCUACAAUGGCUCGAGUCGCUCCGGUUACUUUUGGGAUCUAGGCACCAAACAGACUGUCUCUUCUCCCAGCGCAGCGCGAGCCAGGAACCUGAAACAGGACCGCGUGCUCGGCUGCAAGCUCAGACUCGAGAAGCAGAAGCAGAAGCAGAAGCAGAAGCAGAAGCAGAAGCAGAAGCAGAAGCAGAAGCAGAAGCAGAAGCAGAAGCAGAAGCAGAAGCAGAAGCAGAAGCAGAAGCAGAAGCAGAAGCAGAAGCAGGAGCAGGAGCAGGAGAGCAGGAUUAAUGGUGAUUGCACAGGUGAUGGCGUGCAUGCUUCCCUGAAAGUUCCAGACUUCUUGGAACUUCACACCCACUUCUAG